AUUCAGAGUUGAGAAUGAGUGUGCGAGCGGCAGUUGUGACCAUGUGCUUUAGGAGUGUCGUCCUCCCAACAACCACAAAGUCUUCGCUUACUCUUCUGGACAAAUGUCAACUGAAAUCAGCCUACGCAGUUGCCAGGCUAGCUUCUUCAACCAAAAGCACUGACAACAAACCAACUAAGAGUGACUCACCACCCAAGGAGAGUGGCUCAGAAGAUGAGGGGAAGAAGUACUUCAACUGGGAAAGGGAUGAAUACGACGAGUUCAGCUACUACGACUACGAAGAAGACAUGAAGCAUUUGAGACUGCCUCAGCCGAGUCCCUACUCUUGAUGAUAGCAGCAGCUGAAAUGUAGUUACUCAUCAAACACUCAGUCUUAUUAUUUUUGUAGAAAUUACAUUUACUUAAA